AUGGAUUCCGAACAGAAGGAUACCUUGACCCUCAAGAUUUACCUGCGACCUACCACUGCUCUUCCGCCACCAGCGUUUGGUCCAUUAGGGUUGGGGUUCUACUUGCUCGACCAGCAUCCAAGCGUCAGCAAUCUGACGAUCGAAUACGAGGACGGCCUGACCGGCCCUGGGAAGGACAAGAGCUGCAGUGUCCUCUCCAGCUCAGAUGGAUCCACUCGGGCCACCGACUCACUCGAUUCUCUCAGGUUGCUGGCCAAGACGUUUACUGCUUCGCCGACUGAACCAAAUACUAACCAGCAACCGGAGGAGACCGAUCGGAUAUUCAAGAUAUUAGGGCCUUCUUUCGACCCAGUACAAGCAAAAGACAUGAAUACCCUCACCACCAUCGCCAACAAAAUCGACCACCAUCUAACUCUCCGUACAUUCUUAGUCGGUUACUCUCUAUCGGAGACAGAUUGGUGUCUCUGGGGAUUGAUCAAAUCAUCUAGCACGUUCAAUGCACUUCUGAAAAGAUCCCAACAUCCGCAUCUCUCGAGAUGGUUCAAUUUUAUUGACUGUUUACCAUCCAGUAAAUUAGCAAUCACUUCCCUACAAGAUCAGAUCAAGAAUUCGGUCAAGGGCCGCUCCAAGGCUGGUGUUGCUUCCGUCAACUUCGACGGAGGCCUACCCGGUGCUGUCAAGGGGCAAGUCGUAACCAGAUUUCCACCUGAACCCUCGGGUUAUCUUCACAUCGGACACUGUAAAGCCGCCAUUCUGAACCAACAUUAUGCUAAGAUCUACGAUGGGAAAUUCUUGGUAAGGUUUGAUGAUACCAACCCAAGUAAGGAGAAGGAAGAAUUUCAAGAUGCGAUUUUGGAAGAUCUAGGAUUAUUGGGAGUGAAAGGGGAUCGGAUGUCAUAUACCUCAGACUAUUUCGAUCACUUGUGCGGCUAUGCAACCGAGAUGAUUUCAAAAGGAAAAGCCUACUGUGAUGACACCGAGCAAGAAGUGAUGAAAAAUCAGCGAAUGGCCCGCCAGCCAUCUCAACGGCGUGAUUCAACCACCGAGGAAAAUCUCUCGCGAUUUGAAGAGAUGAAACUAGGUACCCCUGAGGGUUUAAGAUGGUGCUUACGUGCCAAGAUCAGAUAUGAUGACUUGAACGGAACAUUGAGGGAUCCAGUUAUCUAUCGAUGCAACAUUCUUCCUCAUCACCGGACUGGUGAGAAAUGGAAGAUCUAUCCCACCUAUGACUUUGCCUGUCCGAUUGUCGAUUCCAUUGAAGGGGUUACUCAUGCCCUGAGAACUAAUGAGUACCGGGAUCGAAAUCCACAGUAUUGGUGGAUGCAGGAAGCCUUAGGACUAAGACGGGUUGACAUAAAAGACUUUGCUCGAGUCAACUUUGUCUACACUCUCCUUUCAAAGCGUAAAUUGAAGUGGUUUGUGGAAACCGGUCGAGUGAGAGGAUGGGACGAUCCCCGUUUUGCAACUGUUCGAGGUAUUCGCCGACGAGGAAUGACAAUCCAAGCAAUGAGAGAUUUCAUGAUUGGGCAAGGUGAUUCUCAACAGCAAGUCAACAUGGAAUGGGAUGUUCUAUGGAGUAUCAACAAGCGAAUCAUCGAUCCAAUCGUUCCUCGACAUUUCGCGAUUUCCAACACCAACAAGGUCAGUGCCAUCAUCAAGGGUGGCCAGGGUGUGGCUUAUGUCGAAAGUGUACCAACCCACAAGAAGCACCCCGAAGUUGGAUCCAAGAGGGUUACUUACAGUCCCACAAUCUAUAUCGAACAAAGUGAUGCUUCAUCAUUUGAUGCUGACGAAGAGAUUACGUUAAUGGAUUGGGGGAAUGCGAUUGUCAAAGUCAAAUCAACUGGACCUGAUGGAUUAGUUUCUGGGCUGGAAUUAGAAUUGCAUUUGGCGGGAGAUUUCAAAAAAACGAAGAAAAAAGUACAUUGGUUGACGACUGACGAAGCCGGUUCGACCCCAUCUGGCGCGGGCUUACAAAACGUAGUCUUACUAGAUUAUGAUUAUUUGAUUACGAAGAGAAAAAUAGAUGAUGAUGAUGAGAUCGAUGACUUCAUCACUCCGGUAAGCGAGUUCAGAGAGGACGCCAUCGCCGAUGGAAACAUGAAAACGAUGAAGAAAGGCGAUAUCUUGCAAUUUGAACGGAAGGGUUAUUACAUCGUUGAUAAGCCAAUUGGUGAAGAUACAACAUUAGCGUCCGGAAGUGGGAAGGAUUGGAUCGAACUCAUCAAAAUUCCGGAUGGACGAGCUGCGGGUAUUGCCAGCAAAGCCGCACCACCAGCCACCGCCCCUUCGAAAACCAACAAAAAAGUCGCCAUCAAAUCGGAAGCUAUAACAGGAGACUCGAAGAAUAAAAUGUUUAAGGUUGAGCCUGUCUACGGAAACGACGAGAAUGACCAGCCUCCAGUGACAACAAAGAUGUAUAAAGUCGAUAACAUUUAUCUCAGUUGA